AUGCCGCGUUUGACUGCUACCUUACUCAAUUCUGAAGCAAGAAGCGCGCAACUCACCGAGUCACCUGCGCCCUCGAGCCGAGGCGAGUCAUUAGUGGCCGACAGUUCUGACAAGGAAAACGCUCGAACAGAUUCUGGUGCGCAGAAGCGCAGAAGCACCAAUAUGGCUACACCUGAACCCGUUCAAUUAACCAGAAAGAGACGCCGAGUCGAAGAGCGAACACAGCAGAGUCAACGCAAACGAGCAACGGACAAUCAGACCGAUACCAGAUACUACGACCCAGAGCAGGCCCCAGAAGAACGUCGCAGAAUCAAAAGAGGUCUUCGGGACCUGCAUUCCAAGCUCAACGACUCACGGUCCGAGUAUCUACAAGCCAACUCAACUGGCCUGGUUGAGACUAUUCAGGCAGCAGACCGUUAUUUUCAGGAGGUCAAGCAGACCGCAGAUGCGACAGUCGAUUCACGCCUGCUCGUUGCAACCGCUGAUCUAUCUUUCAAGAAAAUAAGUACGCUUACGCUCGGCGACUCGUCGGUCGGUGUUGAUGUGGACGACUUCGUCACAAAAUGCAUAUCAUUCAUGAAACGCCCAGAACGUCCGCAGAACCAGGAUGCCAGCAGGCAAGCCCCGUCAGGCACACAAAGUCAACGCAGGGGACGUCAGCAGGUUGAUAUCGACGAUGAAGAAAGCGGCGACACCUUGAAUUGGGAGUACCUUGGGCGUAAUGCUUGUAUUCUUUACAACUCAAGACCAUCCCUAUCCGGCUUCUUACUCGGUCCUCUCUCCGUGCAGAAAAAGGUACGCCAGCAGACACAACGAAGGGCACGCGAGGAACGAGAAGAGCCCACACAAAGAAGCCGCACGCUCCAGCUCACGGAAGAAGAGCUUGACAACCAGGAAAAGCAGUCCCUGACAGCCAUCUGUGGCGAAAUCUAUACACUUCUCGUGGAAGCUGUGGAAAGGAAUGGAUCUUCCCUCCAAGAAGAAUACGAUGCAAUCGAGUACAUGCCAAGUCAUGACGAAGUCUAUCACCUGAUGUACAAGCACGGCAUUGCCGAUGAUGGGGGCCUUCCAUUGUUCAAGUUCUGCAUCAACCCCAGAUCGUUCGGACAGACGGUUGAAAAUCUGUUCUAUGUGAGCUUCCUAAUCAAGGAGGGCAAGGCAGGCCUAGGAUACGACAGCCAAGGAAUGCCGACGAUUCAGGCUGCCGCCGAGCGACCUUUAGCAGAACGCCAAGAGAAGGAACGGAAACAGGCAGUGUUCACGAUGAGCUUCGAAAUGUGGGAGGAGAUUGUUCAGAGUUUCGGGAUCAAAGAGAGUAUUAUCCCGCACCGGGAGAGCCAAGUGUACGAAGAUGGUGUGCUUGAAGAAGCGACUCGGGAGAGUGAACAUGCUGAGGACCCCGAGAUGUACGACUAG